AUGGUUUUCCUUCACCGUAGGAGAAAGCUAGAAGUUCCAUUGGUGCAACUGGGACCGAGUACAUUGGCACUAACACCUGGGGCGGGUAAAAUUAUAUACCAAGACAAAAUUAUAAGUUUUGACAAGGUGCCACUGGUCACGCCCAACGGAGACGUACUCAUUAAGGAACUUACCUUUGAAGUAAAAUCCGGUAUCAACGUCCUAGUCUGUGGCCCGAAUGGUUGUGGGAAGUCGUCGAUGUUCCGAAUGCUUGGAGAACUUUGGCCUAUAUUUGGUGGUACCCUCGUAAAGCCACCUAAAGGCAAGCUGUUUUAUGUACCACAGAGGCCGUAUAUGACUUUGGGGACUUUCAGGGAUCAGAUAAUAUACCCACAAACUCGGGACGAAAUGGUUCGUCGGGGUCGUACGGACGAAGAGUUGGAGCGAUACCUCGAUAUCGUACAGCUGUCGUAUCUCGCUACUAGGGACGGUGGCUGGGAUGCUGUAGAAGACUGGAUGGAUGUACUCUCCGGUGGAGAGAAACAGAGGAUUGCGAUGGCGCGUCUUUUCUACCACGCGCCACAAUUCGCGAUUCUGGACGAGUGUACGAGCGCAGUGUCGGUGGACGUUGAAGGGCACAUGUACCAAUACUGCAGAGAGAUGGGCAUUUCUCUAUUUACGGUAUCUCACCGUAAAUCAUUAUGGCAACACCACGAUCAUUACUUACAAAUGGAUGGUCGAGGGGGUUACGUUUUUGGGGAGAUUGAUAACUCUACACAGGAAUUCGGAUCGUGA